GGCUUUGUCUCCUUUGUUCCCGACCGUGGCAGCGCCGCGGCGGGAGGGGAGGGCAGCGGGCGCAGUUUUCCGCCCCUCGGUCUCCGGGUAACAGCUGAGGCUCCGCCAGACCCACCUCUGCGGGGGGAGGCCGCAGGGCGCAGAUCCCAAGCCUGGAGCGGCCGGCGCCCGCUUCGGCGCGCACAUCUCGCAGGGCCCGGCCGGGUGGUGAGUGCAGGGCUUGGGGCGGGGACAGCGAGGACCCAGGUUCCCAAAGUGAGACAGCCUGAGGCCUUGAUCCCGCCGGCAGGGGCAGCCUGGGUGACUCCCACACAGGUCAUGCUGUUGUCUCCUGAUCUAGCCAGCCCUGCCAGGUGACCAUGGCUGCUCUUGGCCCAGUUCUUCUCCAGGCUGUCUGGGCUGGGUGGGUCCUCACCCUCCAGCUCCCUCCACCAGCUGCUUUUACUCCCAAUGGUACACACCUGCAGCACCUGGUGAGGGACCCCACCUCAGGUACCCUUUACCUGGGGGCCACCAACUUCCUGUUCCAGCUGAGCCCUGGGCUGCAGCUGGAGGCCACAGUGUCUACUGGCCCUGUGCUAGACAGCAGGGACUGCCUUCCGCCUGUGAUGCCUGAUGAGUGCCCCCAGGCCCAGCCUACCAACAACCCGAAUCAGCUGCUCCUGGUGAGCCCGGGGGCCUUGGUGGUGUGCGGGAGUGUCCACCAGGGGGUCUGUGAGCAGCGGCGCCUGGGGCAGCUGGGACAGCUACUGCUGCGGCCAGAGCGGCCUGGGGAUACCCAGUAUGUGGCUGCCAAUGACCCUGCGGUCAGCACUGUAGGGCUGGUAGCCCAGGGCUUGGCAGGGGAGCCCCUCCUGUUUGUGGGACGAGGAUACACCAGCAGGGGUGUGGGGGGUGGCAUCCCACCCAUCACAACCCGGGCCUUGCGGCCACUGGACCCCCAAGCUGCCUUUUCCUAUGAGGAGACAGCCAAGCUGGCAGUGGGCCGCCUUUCCGAGUACAGCCACCACUUCGUGAGUGCCUUUGCCCGUGGGGCCAGUGCCUACUUUCUGUUCCUGCGACGGGAUCUGCAGGCUCAGUCCAGAGCUUUCCGUGCCUAUGUGUCUCGAGUGUGCCUCCGGGACCAGCACUAUUAUUCCUAUGUGGAGUUGCCUCUGGCCUGCCAGGGUGGCCGCUACGGGCUGAUCCAGGCUGCUGCUGUGGCUACAACUGGGGAGGGGGCCCAUGGGGAGGUGCUCUUUGCAGCCUUCUCCUCAGCUGCUCCCCCCACUGUGGGCCGGCCUCCGUCAGCAGCUGCUGGGGCAGCUGGAGCCUCUGCCCUCUGUGCCUUCCCCCUGGACGAGGUGGACCGGCUUGCUAAUCACACACGCGAUGCCUGCUAUACCCGGGAAGGCCGUGCAGAGGAUGGGACUGAGGUGGCUUACAUUGAAUAUGAUGUCAAUUCUGACUGUGCACAGCUGCCAGGGGAUACCUUGGAUGCUUAUCCCUGUGGCUCAGACCACACACCCAGCCCCAUGGCCAGCCGGGUCCCACUGGAAGCCACGCCAAUUUUAGAGUGGCCAGGGGUUCAGCUAACAGCUGUGGCAGUCACAAUGGAGGAUGGACAUACCAUCGCUUUCCUGGGUGACAGUCAAGGGCAGCUUCAUAGUGUCUACUUGGGCCAAGGGAGUGAUGGCCACCCAUACUCCACACAGAGCAUCCAGCAGGGUUCUGCAGUGAGCAGAGACCUCACCUUUGAUGGAAGCUUUGAGCACCUAUAUGUCAUGACCCAGAGCACACUUCUAAGGGUUCCUGUGGCCUCCUGUUCUCAGCACCUGGACUGUGCAUCUUGCCUUGCCCACAAGGACCCAUACUGUGGGUGGUGUGUGCUUCUUGGCAGGUGUAGUCGCCACUCUGAGUGCUCAAGGGGCCAGGGCCCAGAACAGUGGCUGUGGAGCUUCCAGGCUGGGCUGGGCUGUCUGCGAGUGGCAGCCCUGAGUCCUGCCAACAUCAGCCGAGAGGAGAGGAAGGAGAUUUUCCUAUUGGUGCCAGAUCUGCCACCCCUGUGGCCAGGGGAGUCAUAUUCCUGCCAUUUUGGGGAGUAUCAGAGUCCUGCUCUGCUGACCAGUUCUGGUGUGAUGUGCCCCUCCCCAGACCCUAGUGAGGCCCUAUUGCUACAGAGAGGAGCCGACCAUGUCUCUGUGACUGUGGAGCUCAGGUUUGGUACCGUUGUGAUCGCCCAAGCUUCCCUCUCUUUCUAUGACUGUGUGGCAGUCACUGAGCUCCACCCAUCUGCACCGUGCCAGGCCUGUGUGACCAGCCGCUGGGGGUGUAACUGGUGUGUCUGGCAACACCUAUGCACACACAAGGCCUUGUGUGAUGCUGGACCGAUGGUGGUGAGCCAGCAGAGCCCGCUUCUUUCCCUAGCCCCUCCUACAAGAGAUGCACCCACCUCCUUCCCACCCACAGCCCCCAAAGUCCUGGUCACCCCUGCUCCUGAUACCCUUCCUGUAGCACCUGGGGCUUCCUCUAUAGCCAUAGCCUCAGAUGUCCCACCUGGGGCCAGGCCUUCCCCACUCAGCCCCUGGGGACCAUGGUCAGGUCCCGGCUCCAUGCCUUCCCCCAUCUCCACAGAGUCACCUCUCCAAGAGAAGCCCUCCCUUCCUAGCUCCCCCAAUAGACCUGGAACCAUUGUCCCUGCUCCUGCUGACUUUGGACCCACAGCCACACCUGAGGACCUCUUAGUGGCCCCUCCAUCACCUUCAGAUGCAGCAGUGCCCCCUGCAGACCCUGGCCCUGAGGCCCUUCCCACUGUGGUGCCCCUGGACUGGCCCCCUGGCACUGCUCCUGCCACCCCUUUCCCAGGGGCUGUGGGCUCCACGAAGCCCACCCUGGACUGGCUCAUGAGAGAAGGCGGCGAGCUGCCCGAGGCGGACGAGUGGAUGGGUGGUGAUGCGCCCACCUUCUCCACUUCCACCCUCCUCUCAGGUGAUGGAGACUCAGCAGAGCACGAGGGCCCUCCUGCCCCCCUCAUCCUCCUAUCCAGCCUCGACUACCAGUAUGACACCCCCGGGCUCUGGGAGCUGGAAGAGGUGAACUGGGGGGCAAGCUCCUGCCCCUGUGUGGAGAGUGUUCAGGGUUCUGUGCUAAUGCCAGUCCACGUGGAGCAGGAAGUCCGGCUGAUAGGCAGGAACUUGCACCUUUUCCAGGACGGUCCAGGAGACAAUGAGUGUGUGAUGGAGCUGGAGGGCCGAGAGGUGGUAGUUGAGGCCCGGGUUGAGUGUGGGCCACCUCCAGAUAGCCAGUGCCACGUCACGUGCCAGCAGCAUCAGCUCAGCUAUGGGGCUCUGCAGCCGGAGCUCCGUGUAGGGCUGUUUCUGCGUCGGGCUGGUCGUCUGCGUGUGGACAGUGCUGAGGGGCUGCAUGUGGUACUGUAUGAUUGUUCCGUGGGACAUGGGGACUGCAGCCGCUGCCAAACUGCCAUGCCCCAGUAUGGCUGUGUGUGGUGUGAGGAAGAGAGUCCACGUUGCGUGGCCCAGGAGGCCUGUGGCGAGGCUGAGGCUGUGGCCACUCAGUGCCCUGCGCCCCUCAUCCACUUGGUGGAGCCACUGACUGGACCUGUAGACGGAGGCACUCGUAUCACCGUCAGGGGCUCCAACCUGGGCCAACAUGUGCGGGAUGUGCUGGACACUGUCAGGGUGGCUGGAGUGCCCUGUGCUGUGGAUGCCCAGGAAUACGAGGUCUCCAGCAGCCUCGUGUGCAUUACUGGGGCCAGUGGAGAGGAGAUGGUGGGUGCUGUGGCAGUGGAGGUACCAGGAAGAGGACGUGGCAUCUCAGAGCAUGAAUUUGCCUAUCAGGAUCCAAAGGUGCAUUCUAUCUUUCCGGCCCGUGGCCCCAGAGCUGGGGGAACCCGCCUCACCCUGCAUGGCUCCAAGCUCCUGACCGGGCGGCUGGAGGACAUUCGAGUAGUGGUUGGAGACCAGCCUUGUCAUUUGCUGCUGGAGCAGCAGUCGGAGCAGUUGCAGUGUGAGACGAGUCCACACCCUGUGCCUGCCAUGUUCCCUGUGACUGUGUGGUUUGGAGCUACUGAGAGGAGGCUUCAGCAUGGCCAGUUCAAGUACACAUCAGACCCCAAUGUCACCUCUGCUGUCCCUACCAAGAGCUUCCUCAGUGGAGGACGUGAGAUAUGGGUCCGUGGCCAGAAUCUGGAUGUGGUGCAGAUGCCAAGAAUCCGAGUGACCAUGGCUCCAGGCGUGCAACAGUCCAGCCAGGGGCUUGGACGGAGACGCUGGGUGGUCCCAGAGAUAGCGUGUUCCCCUGGAACCCCCUGCAGCAGUUAUCACUUUGAGGAGCCAUGCCAUGUGAACUCUUCCCAGCUCAUCCUGUGCCGUACACCUGCCCUCCCAGGCCUGCCUGAUGACCCCUGGGUCCAGGUGGAAUUUAUCCUUGACAACCUCAUCUUCAAUUUUGCAACACUCAACCCCACACCGUUCUCCUAUGAGCCUGACCCCACUCUUCAGCCCCUCAACCCUGAGGACCCCACCAUGCCAUUCCGGCACAAGCCUGGGAGUGUGUUCUCUGUGGAGGGAGAGAACCUGGACCUUGCAAUGUCUAAGGAGGAGGUGGUGGCAAUGAUAGGGGACGGUCCCUGUGUGGUGAAGACGCUGACCCGGCACCACCUGUACUGUGAGCCCCCUGUGGAGCAGCCCCUGCCACGGCACUUUGCCACCCGAGAGGCACCUGACGCUUUGCCUGAAUUCACAGUGCAGAUGGGGAACCUAUACUUCUCCCUGGGUCAUGUGCAGUACGAUGGCGAGAGCCCUGUGGCUUUUCCUGUGGCAGCCCAGGUGGGCUUAGGGGUGGGCACCUCGCUUCUAGCUCUGGGUGUCAUCAUCAUUGUCCUCAUGUACAGGAGGAAGAGCAAACAAGCCCUGAGGGACUAUAAGAAAGUCCAGAUCCAGCUGGAGAAUCUGGAGAGCAGCGUGCGGGACCGCUGCAAGAAAGAGUUCACAGACCUCAUGACCGAGAUGACUGAUCUCACCAGUGACCUUCUGGGCAGUGGCAUCCCCUUCCUUGAUUACAAGGUGUAUGCUGAGAGGGUCUUCUUCCCUGGGCAUCGGGAGUCACCCUUGCAUCGGGACCUGGGUGUGCCUGAGAGCAGACGGCCCACUGUAGAGCAAGGGUUGGGUCAGCUGUCCAACCUGCUCAACAGCAAGCUCUUCCUCACCAAGUUCAUCCACACCCUGGAGAGUCAGCGCACCUUCUCAGCUCGGGACCGUGCCUAUGUGGCGUCUCUACUCACUGUGGCGCUGCACGGGAAGCUCGAGUACUUCACCGACAUCCUUCGCACCCUGCUUAGUGACCUGGUGGCCCAAUAUGUGGCCAAGAACCCUAAGCUGAUGCUGCGCAGGACGGAGACUGUGGUGGAGAAGCUGCUCACCAACUGGAUGUCCAUCUGCCUCUACACCUUUGUGAGGGACUCAGUAGGGGAGCCUCUGUACAUGCUCUUCCGAGGGAUUAAGCAUCAAGUGGACAAGGGGCCGGUGGACAGUGUGACUGGCAAAGCCAAAUAUACCUUGAAUGACAACCGCUUGCUCAGAGAGGAUGUGGAGUACCGUCCCCUGACUUUAAAUGCGCUCUUGGCUAUGGGCCCUGGGGCAGGAGAGGCCCAGGGCGUGCCUGUGAAGGUCCUGGACUGUGACACCAUCUCCCAAGCCAAGGAGAAGAUGCUGGACCAGCUUUAUAAAGGAGUGCCUCUCACCCAGCGGCCAGACCCUCGCACCCUGGAUGUUGAAUGGCGGUCUGGGGUGGCUGGGCACCUCAUUCUGUCUGACGAAGAUGUCACUUCUGAGGUCCAGGGUCUGUGGAGGCGUCUGAACACCCUGCAGCAUUACAAGGUCCCAGAUGGAGCAACUGUGGCCCUUGUCCCCUGCCUCACCAAGCACAUUCUCCGGGAAAACCAGGAUUAUGUCCCUGGAGAGCGGACCCCAAUGCUGGAGGAUGUAGAUGAGGGAGGCAUCCGGCCCUGGCACCUGGUGAAGCCAAGCGAGGAACCAGAGCCACCCAGGCCUCGGAGGGGCAGUCUUCGAGGUGGGGAGCGUGAGCGAGCCAAGGCCAUCCCUGAGAUCUACCUGACACGCCUGCUGUCUAUGAAGGGUACCCUGCAGAAAUUUGUGGACGACCUGUUCCAGGUGAUUCUCAGCACCAGCCGCCCUGUGCCUCUUGCUGUUAAAUACUUCUUUGACCUGCUGGACGAGCAGGCCCAGCAGCAUGGCAUCUCCGACCAGGACACCAUCCACAUCUGGAAGACCAAUAGCUUGCCACUGAGGUUCUGGAUCAAUAUAAUCAAAAACCCGCAGUUUGUGUUCGAUGUGCAGACAUCUGAUAACAUGGAUGCGGUGCUCCUCGUCAUUGCGCAGACUUUCAUGGAUGCCUGCACCUUGGCCGACCACAAGCUGGGCCGGGACUCCCCCAUCAACAAACUUCUAUAUGCUCGGGAUAUUCCCCGUUACAAAAGGAUGGUGGAAAGGUACUAUGCAGACAUCAGAGAGACCGUCCCGGCCAGUGACCAAGAAAUGAACUCUGUCCUGGCUGAGCUGUCUCGGAACUAUUCUGGAGACCUUGGAGCACGAGUGGCCUUGCAUGAACUCUACAAGUAUAUCAACAAGUACUACGACCAGAUCAUCACUGCCCUGGAGGAGGAUGGCACGGCCCAGAAGAUGCAGCUGGGCUAUCGGCUCCAGCAGAUUGCAGCUGCUGUGGAAAACAAGGUCACGGAUCUAUAGGGACCUGGGAGCCCUGGCCUGCUGUUGCCUCAGCCCUGCCUGGGCAGCCUUGGAACCUCGAGAGAGAGAAACUACCUUCUUAGAUGCCUGUAGUUGUUGACAAGCAGAGUUAGUGGAAGGUGACUCCUAGUCUCCUGGUGGCUCUAGCCUCAGCCCUGCUGGACCCACAUCAUAUGCCUGGGGCCCUGACACUCAUGGGGUAGUACCCAGCCUGCUCCCUGAGCCAAGCAACCCUAUGGACCACUUCCUGUGUGCCACCGGUCUGCAGGGAGUUAGAGACUAAAGCCUUCCAGAGAGUGGCCGGAAAGGCCUCCAGGCCCAUGGGGAGACUGUACUGUUCAUCAUUACUGGCCUGUGUCCCACUGGGAUUCAGAGAAGGAGGAAGAGAGCCCCAUACUUCCUGUCCUCUGUCAUCCCUGACCUCAGUUUAGCUGCCUCUGGCCUUGUUGCUGCUGCCACAUCCUAGGUCCAAGAGAUGAAGGCCUCUCCUAGGCCACUGCAUAUAGCCCCCUUGGCAGGGCUGGCUGCUUUAGGGCUAGCCCUGAGGGGAGGACAUCUGCUGCUGGGGGCCGUGGGAGAGCGGUGGCACCACUGACCCAGCUCUUCAUUAAACAGUAACACACUGC